AUGGUUAAAGAACAGUUUCGUGAGGCCGACGUGGCUAAAAAGAUUAGCCAUGUUACUUUUGGCCUGAUGAGCAAAAACCAAAUGCAGCAAGCAUCUCAUAUUCAUGUUGUUUGCAAUGAUCUUUAUAGCCAAGGUGGAGCCCGCAAACCAGUUCCACAUGGAGUCCUUGAUCACAGAAUGGGCACAAGUGAAAGGGACAACAAUUGUGAAACUUGUGGUAAAUGUUUGGCUGAUUGCACGGGACAUUUUGGUUACAUUGACCUUGAACUUCCUGUUUUUCAUAUUGGAUAUUUUAGAGCCAUCAUCACCAUUCUUCAAAUGAUCUGCAAGACAUGCAGUCGAGUAUUGCUUCCAGUGAAUGAAAGAGCUGCCUUUAUUGAAAGUGGACGCAAUCCAAACAUGACUUAUUUACAGCGCAAGAAUCUCAAAAAGAAAAUUCUUGUUCGCUGCAAGAAAAUCAACAAAUGUGCCUAUUGUCAUUCUUUCAAUGGUAUGACAAAGAAGAUAGGUAUGUUGAAAAUUGUCCAUGACAAAUACAAGACUCCAAGAAAAGACAAUGAUCCUGUCAUCACAGAUUUUCUGCACUCAUUUGAGGCUUCCAAGGAAAAUAAUAAGGAAUUAGAAAGCUUACUCUCUAAAACACAGGAAAUUCUCAGUCCAUUAACAGUGUUAAAGUUAUUUGAAAGAAUUCCUGAAGAAGAUAUCCCAUUGCUUGUGAUGAAUCCAGAUGUUGGUAAACCCAAAGACUUGAUCUUAACUCGCAUCAUGUGCCCUCCUCUCUGUAUCCGUCCAUCAGUGGUUUCUGAUCUCAAGUCUGGAACGAAUGAAGAUGACAUUACAAUGAAAUUAACAGAGAUUAUCUUCAUGAACAAUGUUAUACAAAAACACAAGGCAACAGGAGCCAAGAUGCAAAUGAUUAUGGAAGAUUGGGAUUUUCUUCAACUUCAAGUUGCUUUGUUGUAUAACAGUGAGACUUCUGGAAUUCCUCUUCACAUGCAACCCAAGAAGUUUACACGCGGUUUUGUACAACGGCUAAAAGGAAAACAGGGACGUUUCCGAGGAAACCUAUCUGGAAAAAGAGUGGAUUUCUCUGGCCGUACUGUCAUUUCUCCUGAUCCCAACAUGAGGAUUGACCAGGUAUCUGUCCCAGUUCAUGUGGCAAAGAUACUCACCUACCCAGAACGUGUGACUAAGGCCAACAUGUCCAUGUUGAAGAAAAUGGUAACCAAUGGACCAGAUGUCCAUCCGGGGGCCAACUUUAUUGAGCAAAGAGGCACAAAAGUGAAAAAAUUUUUGCGUUAUGGUAACCGGAUGAAAAUGGCUAAUGAAUUGAGGUUUGGUGAUAUUGUGGAACGGCAUAUGAUUGAUGGAGACAUUGUGCUUUUCAACCGACAACCAUCUCUUCACAAACUCAGUAUCCAAGCAUUUUUUGCUAAAAUUAUGCCACAUCGUACAUUCCGUUUUAAUGAAUGCUGUUGUGGACCAUUCAAUGCAGAUUUUGAUGGAGAUGAAAUGAAUUUACAUUUACCUCAAACUGAAGAAGCUAAAGCAGAAGCACUUGUAUUGAUGGGUUCAAAAUCUAAUAUUAUUACUCCCAGAAAUGGAGAACCUCUAAUUGCUGCUAUCCAAGAUUUCAUCACUGGUGGUUACCUCAUUACCCAAAAAGAUGUCUUCUUUGAUCGAAGUCGGGCAUCACAGUUAAUUGCAUCUAUUCUUGCAUACAAUGACCAAGACAUCAGGAUUGAUCUACCCCCUCCAGCUAUAUUUAAGCCCUGUAAGCUUUGGACUGGAAAACAGAUUUUCAGCCUGCUCUUAAGACCUAACACCAGCUGUCCAGUUUUAGCCAAUUUACGUGCAAAAGGCAAGAAUUAUUCCAGUGGAGAAGAUUUGUGUGUCAAUGAUUCAUUUGUAGUGAUCCAUAACAGUGAACUGCUAUGUGGUGCUAUGGAUAAGGCCACUCUGGGUUCAGGUUCCAAAAAUAAUAUCUUUUAUAUCAUUCUGCGUGAUUUUGGAGAGGAACAUGCAUCAAGUACUCUUUCCAGACUAGCAAGACUGUGCCCGGCAUUUUUAUCAAAUCGAGGUUUCUCAAUUGGAAUUGGUGAUGUUACACCUGGACUUGGGCUUAUCAAGGCUAAAAACAAGCUCUUAGAUAAUGGCUAUUCCAAAUGUGAUGGCUAUAUUGCAGACUUGAAUGAAGGCAAAUUGACAACUCAGCCAGGUUGUUCUGAGGAGGAAACCUUAGAGGCAAUGAUACUUAAAGAACUCUCACUCAUUCGAGACCAUGCAGGAAAAGCAUGUUUACAGGAACUUCACAAAAGUAACAGCCCUUUAAACAUGGCAAUUUGUGGAUCAAAAGGUUCUUUUAUUAAUAUUUCCCAAAUGAUUGCCUGUGUGGGUCAACAGGCUUUGGGAGGCAAGAGAGUUCCAAAUGGUUUUGAAGACAGAGCUUUACCACAUUUCCCAAGACAUUCUAAAGAUCCAGCAGCACGAGGAUUUGUGGAAAAUAGUUUUUAUUCUGGUUUGACUCCAACUGAAUUUUUCUUUCACACAAUGGGUGGACGAGAAGGAUUGGUUGACACAGCCGUCAAAACUGCAGAAACUGGUUAUAUGCAACGACGCUUGGUGAAAUCCUUGGAAGAUUUAUGCUCUCAGUAUGAUUUGACUGUAAGAAAUUCUACAGGUGAAAUAGUUCAGUUUCUCUAUGGAGGAGAUGGCCUUGAUCCAGCAGCAAUGGAAGGUAAAGACAGGCCAGUUGACUUCAAGAGAGUUUUGGAUCAUAUAAAAGCUAUAACAUCGUAUGAAUGCAAAGAUGAACCAGCUUUAAGUGGUGAGGAAUUGUUAGAAUUGGGAGAAAACCUAUUGGAACAACCAAGAUACAAAGAUGAUUUUGGAGAAGACUUUCAGCAAGAACUUAAGGAUUUUCUAAAUUUAGUAUGUAGCAGAAUUGGUAAAGUCUGGGGACUCCACAAAUUGUAUUCUAUUAAAAGAGAAGAUAGAUCGGUUUUGUUUCAACUGGACCGAAUUACAAAGACUCAGUUCCAAAGAUUUUUAGAAUGCUGUCGACAUAAAUAUUUAAGAUCAAAGAUUGAACCUGGAACUGCUGUUGGAGCCGUCUGUGCUCAAAGUAUUGGCGAACCAGGAACACAAAUGACACUUAAAACCUUUCACUUUGCUGGGGUGGCAUCUAUGAACAUUACUCUUGGUGUGCCUCGUAUUAAGGAAAUCAUCAAUGCUACAAAGAAUAUCAGUACACCAAUUAUUUCUGCUCAAUUGGAAGUUGACGAUGACCCUGAAAAUGCAAGAAGAGUUAAAGGUCGAAUAGAGAAAACACUCCUUGGUGAGGUUUCAGAAUAUGUGGAAGAAGUUUAUCUGCCAGAUGACUGCUUUUUACUUGUCAAAUUGGAUCUUGACAGAAUCAAACUUCUUAAGUUGGAAGUGAAUGUUGACAGCAUUGUUGAUUCCAUCUGUAACUCCAAAUUGAGAAUCAAAAGAACACAAAUUCAAACACACAGUGCAUCAGUGAUCACAAUCUCUCCUCAGGAAACUUCCAAAAGUUCCCUGUAUUAUGUGAUGCAAAUGUUGAAAAAAGAAAUUCCUGAAGUCAUGAUAAAGGGGAUUCCUUCAGUAACAAGAGCUGUCAUUCACCAAGAUGAAAAGAAGGCAAAUCACUACAAAUUGUUAGUUGAAGGAGACAAUCUUAGAGCUGUCAUGGCUACUCCGGGUGUUGAUGGUGGCCGUACCACUUCAAACAACACUUGUGAAGUGGAGAAGACUCUUGGCAUCGAAGCAGCACGGACAACCAUCAUUGAAGAAAUUGUAUAUACCAUGGUAAAUCAUGGUAUGAGUAUUGAUAUACGUCAUGUUAUGUUGCUGGCUGAUUUGAUGACUUGUCGAGGAGAAGUCCUUGGUAUCACCCGCUUUGGUUUGAGUAAAAUGAAGGAGAGUGUUCUUAUGCUUGCUUCUUUUGAAAAAACUGCUGAUCAUUUAUUUGAGGCUGCAUUCCAUGGACAAAAAGAUGCCAUUACAGGUGUCAGUGAGUGCAUCAUUAUGGGGAUUCCAAUGAGCAUCGGCACUGGAGUUUUUAAACUCUUAUACAAAGCUCAACAUCCCCCAGUUCCUGUCCGGCGACCACUGAUCUUUGAGUGUUCAGAUUUACACACACCAGAAUCACAAUUAUGA